AUGGCAGCCUGCAACUCUGUAUGGAUAGCUCUAAACACAAUCACCGUAAAGAACAAGUACCUUAUUCCUCUAAUGGCGGACUUGUUUGAUAGACUGGGUGGUGUGACGGUGUUCACCAAGAUAGACCUCAAGACAGCUACAUUUUGCACUCUGAUGAACCAAGUCUUCCGAGAGUACAUUGACGAAUUCAUGGUGGUCUACUUGGAUGACAUUGUAGUAUAUAGCCAAACAUUGGAAGAACACCUAGUGCACUUGCGGAAGGUCCUAGCUCGUUUGCGGGAGCAUGAAUUAUAUGUGAAGCUAUCCAAGUGCUCCUUUGCUCAAAAGCAAAUUGACUUCCUCUGA